UCAGCGAGCGUGCGCAUACAAUCAGGAAACUGGCCUCCGGAAGCUCCACGUGGUUUUGCUCCGGCCGCAUGGCGAGGCAGCUGCCUGAAUCCAAUGCAGGCUACCGAGACCGCGGCUUCUGGGAGGCUCGCUACCGGCUGGAAGGGGCUGCGGUGCCGGGAGAAUGGUUCGGGGGCUUGGAGCGGUUCCGAGGUCUGCUGGAGGCGGAGGUGAAGCCAGGAGACUCCGUCCUGGUGCUGGGCUGCGGGAAUAGUGCUCUAAGUUAUGACCUCUUUCAACUUGGAUAUACAAACAUCACCAGCAUAGACUACUCGGUGGCAUGCAUCACGAGCAUGAAGAACCGUUAUGCCCACUGCCCAGGCUUGCACUGGGCAGUGAUGGAUGCUCGGGCGUUGACCUUCACGGACAAGAGCUUUGAUGUGGUCUUGGAGAAAGGUACGCUGGACUCCCUGAUGGUGGAAGAAAAGGAUCCUUGGAACGUCUCCCAUGAAGCCACGCAGCUCUUGGACAAGGUGCUGAUGGAGGUGAGCCGAGUCCUACGGCCCGGUGGGCGCUUCAUCUCCAUCACUUUUGCUCAGCCUCAUUUCCGCAAGCGCCAUUAUGCCCAAGCUGCCUAUGGGUGGUCCAUUCGACAUGCCACAUAUGGAGAUGGCUUUCACUACUUCUUCUACGUCAUGGCGAAGGGUGAGGAGCUGUCCCCCUCUGACCUGGCACUGGGGCAGAGCCUCCACCUGCGCCCCAGGAGCCCCAGCCCCAUCCGCUUCCUCCAAGACUCAGACGGCGAGAACUACCUCUCCACCAUUGAGCUGUGAGCUCCUGGGAAGGAGGAAGCAUGUCGGACAGACAUUUAUGUCAAACCGCUUGUGGGACCACAUGCUACUAAUACACCAAUCUGCCUGCUCUGUCCACUGCCAAAAUGUCUCCAGGUCUCUUUGGCGUAUUUAAUCAUCGGUUCUUGUUUAAAAAUCUGAUGCCAUCGCUGCGGUUCGCGAGAGGUGCCAGCUCCCCUCGGAGCAGAAUAGGGACAUUUUCCGAUGCCAACUCCGUGGUAGAAAAGAACAUCUUUCCCUCCCACUUUGAAUGGAUCCUGCUGCUUGCACCUUGGAGUUGUGAACCAGCUUGUGCAAAGAGGGCCAAAAGGAUCCCUGGGAUUAUUUUUAAUCUUAUCUGUGUGCCAUGAUCUUGUCCCCGUUUGUACUGGGGUGGUGCUGGGAUGUGCUUUGCAGUUUCCCGGCAGGCUUCUCUUUGAAGAGGAAAAAUCCAGGCUUUGGAGCCAUCCUCUUUGCCAACUUUGGAGUAGUUUCUAUUUUCAAUUAUUUUUUAAAUAAACAGCAGCUGGCACUGCCAAAUUAUA